AUGCAUGGAGUGCCAUCUGCUGACACUGGUAGAUCGGCUACAACAAAAAUGUCUUAUAUCUUUCUGGGAUUACUUGUUUUAUUUUCAAUUACAACAAUUGUUCUUAGUGCAGUCGCAUUAGGUAUUUUGAUCAAUCGUAUAGAUUCAAGGGAUACAGAAAAAUCUCCUGAUAAUAAUGGACCACUUUCAUUUGCUGAUCAAAUAAAAAUUGAUGAUCUAAUGCAUCAUCUAGAACAACUUCAAGUAAUUGCCGAUCAGAGUAAUGGAACACGAGCAAUUGGAACUCGAGGAUUUGAUGGUACACUCGACUACAUAACUGAACAAUUAGAAAAAAAUACAAAUUUAAUUGUUCGACAUGAGUAUUUUACACUGAAAAAUUGUGCAGUUCAAGGAAUACCACAAUUACAAUCUCAAAUGAAUGGUUUUAUUGAAGAUCAUAUUCAUUUAACAGAUUUUGCUCAUAUUAUAUUUACAGCUGCAGCCAAUUUCGAUUCCUUUGUUCGAUUAGUCUCAAUUCCAAAUCUUGGUUGUCAAAAUUCGGAUUGGAUGAAUGUAUCAGUGACAGACUCUAUUGCUUUAGUCAAACGUGGUGUUUGCACAUUUCCAGAAAAGACUCAACUAGCAGAAAAGUAUCGUGCGAAAGGAUUACUCAUGUAUAAUGAUGGAACUGCAUCAGAUCGUUUUCAAGCAGUUCGAUAUGUGAGAAGUCAUCUGAAUGCAACAAUUCCAGGUUAUUUUCUAUCGUAUAACUUAGGAAUGAAAUUUGUUAAUGCUGCGAUCAAUUCAAGUACGAAUGCUAGCAUAAAAAUGAUAAUUGAUGUACGUGAUGCAGAAAUUGGAAAUAUUUGUGCGGAUACACCAACAGGAAAUAAAACUGCAACAAUUGUUAUCGGAGCACAUAGUGAUGGAGUGUUAGAUGGAAGUGGAAUUAAUGACGACGGUAGUGGUUCAGUUGGUAUCUUGGUUUUAGCUCUUAAUUUAGCUCGUUUACUUUCGACGAGUUCUUUAAACUAUGCUCAACUUUUAUAUCGUAUUCGGUUUUGUUGGUGGGGUGCAGAAGAAGUUGGUCUUCUCGGUUCUAUUUAUCAUGUUGAACAAGCAUCAUUGUCUAGUGCUACUAUCGAAAGCGGACGUCUACAAGAUUAUCUAGUAUAUUUCAAUUAUGAUAUGAUAGCUUCUCCUAAUAGUAAUUUUGGUAUUCUUGACAGUAUAUCGAUUCCACCGGGAACAUCCAACAAGACUCUACCGGGUACUGAUCGAAUUACGAAUUUAUUUCAGCAAUGGUUUGAUGAACAGAAACUUCCAUGGACCAGAUCGGGCAUUGGAGGUGGCAGUGAUUUUGUACCAUUUUUGACCGGUGGCAUAGCUUCUGGCGGGGUAAAUACAGGCGCUGGUGGAUUCAAGUCAUCAACUGAGCGAGAUCGAUAUGCAGAAUUAUUAGGAACAGGAAAUGCUGGAUUAGCUAAUGUUCCAUAUGAUUCAUGUUAUCAUCAACAAUGUGAUCGGAUAACUAAUGUAAAUCCAUUUGCGUAUGGAAAAAUUGUUAAAGCAGCUGCUUAUGCUAUUGAAUACGUGGGAAGAUUGAAUGAUUUGGAAAAUUGGCUUUAUCCAGAAGGACGAGUAAAGCAUGUCAACCCUUUCAACAGAAAGCAUGUCUAUGAUAUUCAUCAUAAUCCUGAUCUUUUUUGA